AUGGCCGGAUCAGCUCUACCUCUCCCACCACCACCGCCACUUUCGUUCCACUCUCCGCCUCCAAACCAAACCCGCCACUCCUCCACAUUCACCCCACCAAACCCAACUCCCCAAACACCUUCAAUCCGUUCCCGCCUAAGCAGAAUCUGCCAAGAAGGAAACCCACAACUCGCACGCCAACUGUUCGACGCAAUUCCCAAACCAACCACCGUCCUCUGGAACACCAUCAUCAUAGGCUUCAUUUGCAACAACCUCCCACACGAGGCUCUCCUUUUCUACUCCCGGAUGAAAAACACUGCUCCUUUCACCAAAUGCGAUGCGUACACUUACUCCUCCACGCUCAAGGCUUGUGCUGAGACCAAGAACUUGAAGGCUGGUAAAGCCGUGCAUUGCCAUUUGAUCCGUUGUUUACAGAACUCAAGCAGGGUUGUUCAUAACUCUCUGUUGAAUAUGUACGUUUCUUGCUUGAACCACCCUCCUGGAAGUGAGUACGAUGUGGUGCGUAAGGUUUUCGAUAACAUGCGUAGGAAGAACGUUGUGGCGUGGAAUACAUUGGUUUCUUGGUAUGUGAAGACAGAGAGACACGCAGAAGCGUGUAGGCAGUUCGCGAUUAUGAUGAGGAUGGAGAUUAAACCGAGUCCGGUUAGCUUUGUGAAUGUUUUCCCAGCAGUGGCUACUUCGAGAAGCAUUAAGAAGGCUAACGUCUUUUAUGGUCUGAUGCUUAAACUGGGAGAUGAAUAUGUGAAGGACUUGUUUGUGGUUAGCUCGGCUAUUUCUAUGUAUGCAGAGCUUGGUGAUAUUGAAGCCUCACGGAGAGUGUUUGAUUCUUGUGUAGAGAGGAACAUUGAGGUGUGGAAUACAAUGAUAGGCGUCUAUAUUCAGAAUGAUUAUCUAGUUGAGAGUAUAGAUCUUUUUCUUGAAGCAAUAGGAUCGAAAGAGAUUAUGUCUGAUGAAGUAACGUUUCUCUUGGCAGCGAGUGCUGUUUCAGGACUGCAGCAAGUGGAAUUAGGUAGACAGUUUCAUGGUUUUGUGAGCAAGAACUUUCAGGAGCUACCGGUUGUGAUACUUAACUCGUUGAUGGUGAUGUACUCGAGAUGUGGCUCUGUGCACGAGUCUUUUGCAGUCUUUGUAUCAAUGCGAGAGAGAGAUGUUGUGUCGUGGAACACAAUGAUCUCUGCGUUUGUCCAAAACGGCUUAGAUGAUGAAGGGCUGAUGUUAGUGUAUGAAAUGCAGAAGCAGGGGUUUAAGCUUGAUUACAUAACCGUGACUGCUUUGCUUUCGGCUGCAUCUAAUCUUAGAAACAAGGAGAUUGGGAAGCAGACUCAUGGUUUCCUUAUUAGGCAAGGGAUUCAGUUCGAGGGUAUGAACAGUUACCUUAUUGACAUGUAUGCGAAAUCAGGUCUAAUAAGGAUCUCAGAAAAGCUUUUUGAGAGAAGUGGCUAUGCUGAAAGAGAUCAAGCUACUUGGAACUCUAUGCUUUCCGGAUACACACAGAAUGGACACACAGAGGAAAUGUUUGUUGUGUUCAGGAAGAUGUUAGAACAGAAUAUCCAACCCAAUGCCAUAACUGUGGCGUCGAUUCUCCCUGCGUGUAGCCAAAUAGGUAGUUUCGACUUUGGUAAACAGCUCCAUGGUUUCUCUAUAAGGCAAUACUUGGAUCAGAAUGUAUUUGUUGCUUCUGCGUUAGUUGACAUGUAUUCAAAGUCGGGAGCUAUAGAGUACGCAGAAAACAUGUUUUCUCAAACAAAAGAGAGAAACUCUGUGACAUACACAACGAUGAUAUUGGGGUAUGGUCAACAUGGAAUGGGUGAGAGAGCUAUCUCGCUGUUUCGCUCAAUGGAAAGGUCUGGAGUCAAACCAGAUGCUGUCACCUUUGUUGCAGUGUUAUCAGCUUGCAGCUAUUCUGGUCUAGUGAAUGAAGGUCUCAAAAUAUUCGAGGAAAUGAGAGACGCUUAUAACAUUCAGCCUUCCAAUGAGCAUUAUUGCUGCGUUACAGACAUGUUAGGGAGAGUAGGGCGCGUUGGUGAAGCCUACGAGUUUGUUAAAGGGCUUGGUGAAGAAGGUAACAUUGCUGAGCUAUGGGGUUCUGUUCUUGGAGCUUGUAGACUACACGGUGAGAUUGAGCUUGCUGAGAUUGUUUCAGAGAAGUUAGCUAAAGUGGAUAAAGGAAAGAACUUCUCAGGAUAUCAUGUUCUACUCUCGAAUAUGUAUGCUGAGGAACAGAAUUGGACGAGUGUUGAUAGGUUGAGGAGAGGAAUGAGAGAAAAGGGUUUAAGGAAAGAAGUUGGUCGUAGUGACAUUGAGGUUGCAGGUAAUGUGAAUUAUUUUGUGUCUAGAGAUCAAGAGCAUCCUCAGGCUGAUGAGAUAUAUGAUGUAAUUGAGGGUUUGGCUAAAGAUAUGAGAGGCGAUUCGUAUCUGACAACAUUCCCAACUGUUAGCUCAAGUUUGGACCUAGAGGAGUGAAGUAGAAUGCUAGUGACUCUUUAGCUCGCACAAAAUAAGGAGAGAAGAUGUGUUGGAGAUGAUGCAAGGUGGGUAAGCACCCCCAAAACUCUCAUUUGUUCUUUGCUUUCUGAAGCUUUUUGUUGGUAACAUUGAAGCAACUCUCUAUGGUCAUAAGCAUUGCAAGAGGAACGUUACUCAGCCAGACAGCAGACGAAGGUUCUAAACCACUGGAAGACAAUUCAAGUGAGAUUGUAGAACAAUCAUUAUUUGUCUCACUUUGUGCACUUUGUUCUUUGUAUACAGUACUACUACAAGCUGAUCAUCUCUUCACUUGUAGCGAUGUCUAUAAAUAAAUAAAACAACACCACUGAAGUUUCCUU